UUUAGCGCAUGUGAAAAGUCCGAUUCCAUUCCUUGCUGUCAGUGCGUGCAGAUUCUCCCUCUAUACCUCCUCAAGCUUAGAGGAUAAGAUGACAUGCCAAACUUCGCUCAGCUCCUCUUCGAAGGCAACAAGACGACGACGCUUCAGGAGCACCGACAACGCCACGAAAUUAAGGACGCGAGGCUGUUAUCAACGUGAAUUCUGCAAAUGAAGUUAGAACUAUUCGUCACUCAAUUAGCUCCGCAUUUGGUCAGGAGUCCUUCAAUAGGGGAUUUAUUCGCGAACUUACUCAGGAAUGUGUAUGACUUACUUGUAUUCGAUCUUGUGCUGUUCUUGACAUCGACACCCUUUUUCUUUCCUCAGCACUUCUCAUCCGUUCCCCAAUAUGCGUUUCCAAACUCCCUCAAUCAUCGCCAUCGUGGCUUGCGUCGAAGGAGUCCUCUCAGCCGCAACUAACUUCCAUCUGUAUGCUUAUGGAACUGGUCUCCCCACAGGCUUAACGCUGUUCUAUGGCAACGGCCUUGCUUAUGUUAGCUUGGAUGCACCUUCCUCCGCGUCUAAUGCGGCAAACGUAAUUAUGUCUAUGACAGGCAACAAACUUGUCGUCUCCGCCGAUAGUGUAGCGUCUCAGCCAUAUUUCUACAUCGGCGCAAACGCAGACGGUGAUAAUCUUAAGACUGUGGGAUUUGCCUCGACCCCUCCACCUGGCGCUAUUUCAUCCGGGUUUGGUUUGUUUGGAGGCGGUGUGUACAGCAACCAAAAUACUGGGUCCCUCUUGAUGAACUUUGUUGCAACGCCGACCAAUGAGAAGGAUGUCUAUCUUGUAAAAUGGAACGCUGGAACUGACAAGCCCACCGGAACCAACGUGCCGAUCUCACUAAGGACUGAGGCUCCCAUUGCUGUUUAGAAUCGAGGGCCAGUGUAGACGUUGUAGAAAUGCCAAGUAACUUGUCGGUAGCAGAGAAAUUGCUGUGCUUUUUUUGAAGCGAUUUGUACUGUCAUGAAAUUAACACAUCAUUACUUAGAAAGAUACUAUGUGUAACAGGAAUGAGUCUGAUCGUCGUUGCCUCCAUGGUACCGAUGACAACAACUUAAUGU